AUGACGACCAAGAUCACGUCGCUCGACUCCCAGUCUGGUGCUCCAUCAGUGCCCAACCCGACUCCGGCCACGGAGCCUAUCGGUAGCCCAUUCGGCAGUGAUCCUAUCGACCCUCCUCCGGAGAUGGACUACGCUGCUGUCGCGAAGAUUCUCGGUCCUAUCCAAGAGUCACUCAACGAAGCUGCCAUGGAGGCCGGCUAUCCGUCUCCUCCUAUCAACACACCCGUCGUUGGGUCCCCGGAGCCCUCUGUCAUUUUUCGUCAGUCCAUGCCUCGCGGCCGCGGCUUCAGCGUUGUUGGCGAUAGACUCGCCCAGUUGAAGCUGGACAACCGCAAACCGCGUCACCGUGAGGGAGACACGGCAUCUACCAGCUACUCCCCGGAGCCUUCGGUCGCUGAGGAUGAAGAAGCAGAGGCUGCGAGCAUUUCCGAGGUAUUGAGCGACAACGGUAGAGACAAGCAGUGCUGUGGACAUGGCCGUAGGUCUCUAGCUCCGAUCAGUGUGACGGAGGGCUCAGUGCCCAUCGCUCUAGGCUCCCCCGCGGUCAACCCACGCAUCGUAGAGUACCUAACCUUCACCUCGGACGAUCUACCCACGAACUCGGUCGCUUCUUGUCUUCCCUCUACGCUUAUGGAGACGGGCACAACGUCUCUCAAGACGGCUAUCGAUGGCAGCAGUGAUCGCAAUAGCUUGAAGAGCGACGGAGUCACUGAGAAGAGCAACUGGGCCGAAGAGCUCGAAGACGCUGUGGACCGCGCCUGCUUGCGCCUUGAGCAGCUUGCCGACGACGAGGUCAAGAUGGACGCUAGCAAGACGUUUGAGGAAUACUACAUUGCCCGACUAGAGCGCCUGCUGGGCAGCGACAAACGAGCCGUGCCUGUCAACGUGCAGAAGGUCAAGAAGGGCGAACAGUAG